CGUCAGUGCAAUACAAUACAAAUUAAACAGUAUAAACAUAUCUACAAUAUAAUAUAAAUAUUAUAUAUAUAUAUAUAUAAAUAUAUGUGCACAGGUUUGGCUAACUCCCCUUAGUAAGUGACAUCAUCAUUUAAAAACUGCAUUCUGUAUUACUCAGGUUAUCUGAAUAUAUUACAAUUUCUUUGGUGAUCUGAAACUUUUAAAAGUGAUAAGAAGGAAAAACAGAAGAAGUCUGUACCUCCUUAGAUUAGUCGUUACAUAUUGUAUGCUCCGUCACAUCUCUGCUUUCAGUAACCAGGUUUAGAUAAGAUGCAUGUGAUGAACACGGCCAUCUGCUACAGUGUGUGCAAUGCCUGCUCCAACUGGAAUGAUCACUGCUGGUAUUUGAGGUCAGCUAUUAUUCAACCAUGACACAUAGCUAUACAAAUCAUCUCAUCUCAAAGACAGCAUUGAAACAAAUUGAGUUAUAUAAGACAGGACUGUGUUACACAAGUGUAAAGAUCAAAAGACUCUGUUUCUUCUAAUCAUCGCCAUAUUCUUCUGCAGCGUGAUCAAGUGAAGAUUUAAUUCUGCUGGGUCAGAAACAUCUCCAGUACUCUUAAAAACUUUGAGCUUUUUCCUUUUUCCCUUUUUGCGCUAGUCUCUAAGAGGAAGAUGGUGGGUCGGUCCUGGUUGUUGAUGGUUCUGAUGGGAUUUCUGUUCAGCUCUGGGUCUGGCUCCAUUUGCCUGGAGAGCUCUGCAUGCAAUGACUUGAGUGACAAGGACGAAAUACACGACUGUCUUCAACUCUGCACGUCUGCAAACCAACCUGAUUUCAAACCACUCAGUGUAACAGAUCAGCAGGAGUAUGAUGAUUUGGAUGAUCCUGUGGAUAAUGAUAAGGGUGACCUGUUACUCAGUCUCAUUCUUUCCACUCUGGCUUCUGAAGGCAAAGUAACAGAGGAAGAUCUGAAAGCCCACAAUGAUCAGCGUCGCUCCUACGCUAUGGAGCAUUUCCGCUGGGGGAAGCCCUUAGGCCGAAGGCGCAGACCUCUUAAAGUGUUUCCCUCUGGAACGCUGGAGGAGGAGGCCUUCCCCCUGCGGGCUCGCAGGCAUCUGAGCUGGAACAAGGCUGAAGCAAAGGGAGGUAAAGGAAACCAUCAAAAUCAGGACUUGCUGAGGUCCAGAACAGAGUUCAGGUCUCGAGCACCACCAGGCCUGCCGCAGAGAAAAGCUGAGACCUACAGGAUGAGUCACUUCAGAUGGGGCAGUCCACCUGCAUCAAAACAAAACGGGGGCUUUAUGAAGCAGUGGGACGAGAAACCUCGAGGAAAGCUGGCCAAAUUACUCAAGAACAUUUUAGUGAAGGAUGUUAAGAUGAUAGUGGGAUGAAAACUAAUUAAAACAGAGGGAUAAAUAUAAAAUAGUCUUGGUUAGUUUCCAUGUGUCUUAAUGUAAAUUAGUUGCCAUCUUUAGAAUGUUAGUGAAUGUAUUUUGGGGCCUAAUAUUUCAUUAAAGCCCUGACUAAAGACAAAAAACAAAGCACAUAAUGGCCUGCUUUAAAUUUAAUGGACAAGACUUGAAAGCUUCGAAGUAAUAACUCUUAUUAUAAAGUCAGUUAAUGAUUUAAAUCUGUUAUUUGUUCUAAUGUGUCUUUGUGGAUAUGUUUAUAUAGGUUUAAAUAGUUUAGUAGCAGCCUAAUGUCUUUUUGUAAUUUAUUAUGAAAAUAAAUAUUGAGUUUUUGCAAUUGACAA